CCGUAGCUUUAUAUAACUGCACGGCGCUGCCAAAUGCCAACCAAACUAUAACGUGAAAAAUCACACUUUCCGAUUCUUUUGGCGUUGCCACCAUUACAAACAUCCUUCAGAUCUCUCUCUCUCUCUCACUAGAUCAAUUGUUUCACUAAUCCAUCAUUUUACCAGGAAAUCCAAUUCACAUCGCCGAUGGAAGAAGCUAAAGUUGUUGAGGUUAAAGACGGAACUACGGCUGCAUUCACUCCUCAUCAAGAAGUUAUUGAAGCUAAAGAUGGAGAUAUCUCUGUUCCUACUGCAUUUUCUGGUCAUCAAGAAGUUGUUGACGCCAAAGAUGGAACUAUCUCAGUGGCUUCUGCAUUUCCUGGUCAUCAAGAAGCGGUUCAGGAUAGAGAUCACAAAUUCUUGACAAAAGCAGUUGAAGAGGCGUACAAAGGUGUAGAUAGUGGGGAUGGAGGUCCUUUUGGUGCUGUUGUAGUACAAAAUGAUGAAGUGGUCGUAAGCUGUCAUAAUCUGGUCCUCAAGCACACAGACCCCACUGCUCAUGCAGAGGUUACAGCGAUAAGAGAGGCUUGCAAGAAGCUCAACAGGAUUGAGCUCUCAGACUGUGAGAUAUACGCUUCGUGUGAGCCAUGUCCUAUGUGUUUCGGCGCAAUCCAUCUCUCUAGAAUCAAGAGAUUGGUGUACGGAGCCAAAGCCGAAGCUGCUAUUGCCAUCGGGUUCGAUGACUUCAUAGCAGAUGCAUUGAGAGGAACUGGGUUCUACCAGAAGGCUCAUCUUGAAAUCAAAAGAGCUGAUGGGAAUGGGGCCAUGAUUGCAGAGCAGGUUUUCGAGAAAACAAAGGAGAAAUUUCAACUCUACUGAAGAAUAUUUCUUCACUUGUAAUUGUUUCCUAACACUCUCUCAAUCCAUUAACUCAACUAUUGCUCUGUUUUUAAUCUUGCUAUAUUUGUUGAUGCAUUUAGCUUUUGAGAUAAUGGGAUUUCUCAUAUUCUCUCUCUUGAUGAAAUUUAAAGAAAUUGCAGCCAUUGAUGACUUGACCUUCAUAUCACAGGCUGAAUAGAAUUGUAAAUGCAUAUAUUAUUAUGGAAUGAAUAGUCCUUGGCACAA